AUGGAGAGGAAGAGAGGUUCCCCAUUUUCUAAACUUAUUAAUCAACUACCCAUACCUAUCAAAUUCAAAAUGCUGACAUGGAAGAUGUACACUGGACUGGAGGACCCAAUAUCUCAUGUUCACAACUUUGAACUACAGACUGAUUUACAGGGAAUUCAGGAUGAUGCCAGGUGCAGGAUCUUCCCAACCACUCUGUCAGAAAUUUCUCAGCAAUGGUUCUUCAAGCUACAACCAGGGUCGAUUACAUUAUGGGAUGGAUUUGUAUGCACAUUCUAUUCUCAAUUCUCUUCAGCAAUGCCCCUUCCCGUCGAGCCGAAUGCCCUGGUGGACAUAAAACUAAGAGAUAAUGAACCUUUGAAGGACUACAUUCAACGUUUUAUGCGAGAAGCCACCCGAGUAAAAUCCCUUAGUAAUGAUGAGGAAUUCAUAAAGCUUGAGGAAGCUGAGAGGAAGGUGGAUAAUCCAACUCAGACGGCUACUGAGCAGGGGAAAACAGAUGCUGGGAAUACCACCAACCCUGCAGAGGGAGGAAACAAUGGGGCUAAGAAUGGAAAAUGCACUAAUGGGGCUGGAAGUAGCGAUAAGCAUAAUGAUAAUAAGAAGCCUAAGAAUGUCGAGCAGCCCAAGCCACAUGAAUAUGUUCCUAAAUUUGCUACUUACUCCAUCCUGUUAGAGACCCAGGAGGAUGUUUUUAAUGCCACACAGGUUGUCGUACUGUACAGAAGACCUCCACCAAUGUUGAAGGAUCUUAAUAGACGGGAUAUGUCCAACUUCUGCCGGUUUCACAAUGACUAUGGUCAUGAAACCAAUGAUGUAACCACCUGA